GAUUACAAAACAGGUUUUUAUAAUGUCCCGUGAUAUGAUUACAAGUUUUUAAUUAAUUAAAUUUAAUAUUGAUGUGCAUAGUAUGUGAUUAAGUAGUUGAUGAUUGAUGAAUGUUUUAAUGAAGAUUAUUAAAAAAUAGGUAGACUGGAAGAACGUUAGUGUUUUUAGUUCUACGUUAUUGGAAAUUAUUUUUUACUUGCUCCAGUUUUUGAAUUUUGUUGAACGUGUGACAUCUUACGGUUUUUGGUAACUUUUUAGUGUCUAUAUUUGUGACUUACAUGCAAUCCAAUUAUGUCCGCUACUACUAGGAAUAUCCGUCACCAAACACUGGAACAACAAAAACAACUGUUGGAAAUGAAAAUGAGGCAGGUCAGACAAACUCCCCAGAUCAUAAAAGCAUCAGACAAUGUCAUGCCAAGUGCAAGAAUACGGCCGAAAUCUGCUAGGCCACUGGAGAUGAAUUGUUAUGAUGGUCCAUUAACAUAUGCAAUGAUGAAUUGCAGCCCAGACUCCAGUGAUAUAUUAGGUGUAUCAAGACAUUCUAUUAAUCAUGAUGUUAUUGAAGAUAUGAGAAAAGAAGUAGCUGAAAUGACUGUUGACGAACGUAGGAUAUCUGUAGAUACUGAAGAUGAAGAAUCUUGUUCCAUUUCUCCAGUUAAAAAUUUAAGUUCAAUACACAUAAAAGAAAACAGCCCAUUUAUUUAUCCUUCUUCAACAAUUACUGAUACUAAUGAAUUGGAAGGAGAUGUUUAUGGAAAUUUAGAAACAUUUGUUCUGGAACCGGCUGCCCAAGGUGUUCAUUUUAAAUGUCGUAUAACUAGAGAUAAAAAAGGCAUGGAUCGAGGGUUAUAUCCUACAUACUAUUUACAUUUAGACAAAGGAAAUGGAUCAAAAAUUUUUUUAUUGGCUGCUCGUAAACGUAAAAAAAGUAGAACAUCAAAUUAUCUAAUAUCAACAGAUCCAACUGAUUUGUCUAGAGGAGGUGAUUCAUAUGUUGGCAAGCUUAGAUCAAAUUUAAUUGGUACUCAAUUCACUAUCUAUGAUAAUGGUACGUCACCAUAUAAGUCGUCUAUAGAAGGAGUCCAAGAAAGACAAGAAUUAGCAGCUGUAGUAUAUGAAACAAAUGUGCUAGGAUUCAAGGGACCGCGUAAGAUGACUGUCAUAAUACCAGGGAUGAAUAAAAAUCACCAACGAGUCAAAGUCGCCACAACUGAUAACUAUAGUUCACUAUUAGAAUGUUAUCGAACAAAAAAUAUGGACGAUC